CAUGUGAGAUUUUAAUGUAAUUUUUUUAUAUAAAAAUAAAAGCAGCGAGGAGAUGAAAGUCCUGCGAUCCCAAUAAGACCGAGAAAGUGAUAAUUGAACCCACAUUAUGUCAAUGUCUUCCCCAGCAUUUCAGCACCCGUGCCCAGAUUGGGGCUUCUGGCCAGAUCCCUCUGAUAUUUUCCUGGAAUCUUCUCCAAGCAUUAAUGAUUUCUAUGAAGAUCCAAUCCAUGAUUUUCUCUCCUUCGAUACGGUGGACGGUCCAACACGCGAGAAUAUUAAUGAUGAAACUAAGACAGAGCAAUCGCCAGUGAAGUCAAAAAUCAGCAAGGAGAAGACAUACAUAGGGGUGAGGAAGAGACCGUGGGGAACAUUCGCAGCAGAGAUCAGAGACACCACCAGGAAUGGCAGAAGAGUUUGGCUGGGAACGUUCCAGAGCGCGGAGGAAGCUGCUUUAGCUUACGACCAAGCUGCAUUCACCAUGAGAGGCAACUCUGCUGUUCUGAAUUUUCCGCCGGAGACGGUGAGGCAGUCUCUGCGAGGUAUCAAGUAUGGCUGCCGCAAGGGCUAUUCGCCUGCUUUAGCCCUCAAAGAGAGGCACUACAUCCAAAGAAAACUGUCGUCAAAGGCUGAGAAAGACCGAGCCAAGCAGCAAUCCCUAGUGGUCGUACUCGAGGACUUGGGUGUUGAAUAUCUGGAGCAACUUCUCACCAUAUCUGAUUCUGAUCAAACUACAAGCCCUGGCUUCUUCAAAUAGUUAAACCCCUGUUUCCUAACAGUAUUACUUCAAACCUGUAAACUGUUUUUGCUUUUUGCUUUUUGCUUUUUGUUUUUUUGUUUUUGUCUCAGAGGUCGUUGAUAGAUAAUUGAACAAAGAUAUAAUUACAACUUUA